UCGGGUCUCCUGUUGGCGGCUGGUUGCUGGAACCUGUUGCUCCGCAGUUCCGUGUUGUGCAAUGGACGGCAGUGUCCACCAAGAUUUAACAGUUGGUACUAAGGCCUGGUCUCUCUCUCUCUAAAUUAAGUUACUCUUCUUCCGAGAUGCAAUUUCAGAGAGGAUCUGAAGAGCUUUUCCCCAGCGUCUCCAGCGCCCCGUAUAUCAUGAGCACCACAGCCAAUGGCAACGACAGUAAGAAGUUCAAAGGUGACAUAAGAGGCCCCGGCGUGCCGUCCAGGGUCAUCCACAUCCGAAAGCUCCCGACUGACAUCAGUGAGGCCGAGGUCAUCAGCCUCGGUCUGCCCUUCGGAGACGUCACCAACCUGCUGAUGCUCAAAGCCAAAAACCAGGCCUUCUUAGAGAUGAACUCGGAGGAAGCGGCUCAGAACAUGGUGGGAUAUUACUCCACACUGGUGCCCAUCAUCAGGCACCACCCGGUCUACAUCCAGUUCUCCAACCACAAGGAGCUGAAGACCGACAACUCCCCCAACCAGGAGAGAGCCCAGGCAGCUCUUCGCGCCCUCACUUCCUCACAUGUGGACGGGGUAGUGGUGGCUCCCAGCACCGUGCUGAGGGUGGUGGUGGAGAACCUGAUCUACCCCGUCACACUGGACGCCCUCUGCCAGAUCUUCUCAAAGUUCGGCACGGUGCUGAGGAUCAUCGUCUUCACUAAGAACAGUCAGUUUCAGGCUCUGCUGCAGUACGCUGAAGGAGCCUCCGCCCAGUCAGCCAAACUGUCUCUGGACGGACAGAACAUCUACAACGGCUGCUGCACUCUGAGGAUCAGCUUCUCUAAACUCACCAGCCUCAACGUCAAGUACAACAACGAGAAGAGCCGCGACUUCACCAGACCAGACCUGCCCAGUGGGGACAGCCAGCCCACCAUGGAGCACCCGGGCAUGAGCGCCUUCACUCCAGGAAUCAUCUCAGCCGGCCCGUACGGAGGAGCGGCCCACGGCUUCCCCCCCGCCUUCACCCUGCAGCCCACAAUGUCCUCCCACUACCCAGGUCUGGUCCCUGGGAUGCCAGGAGGCCUCGCCGCUCUCUCCCUCCCUGGAGCCUCCAGGCUGGGGUUCCCUCACAUCUCUGCAGGAGUCUCUGUCCUGCUGGUCAGCAACCUGAACCCAGAGAGAGUUACGCCCCACUGCCUCUUUAUUCUCUUCGGUGUUUAUGGCGACGUGAUGAGAGUGAAGAUCCUGUUCAACAAGAAGGAGAACGCUCUGGUUCAGAUGUCUGACUGCACACAGGCUCAGCUAGCCAUGAGCCACCUGAGCGGGCAGCAGCUUCACGGGAAGCCUCUCCGCAUCACGCCGUCCAAACACACGAGCGUUCAGCUUCCCCGUGAAGGCCACGAGGAUCAAGGCCUGACCAAAGACUACAGCAACUCUCCUCUGCACCGCUUCAAGAAGCCCGGAUCCAAAAACUACUCCAACAUCUUCCCGCCUUCUGCCACCCUUCAUCUCUCCAACAUCCCGCCGUCUGUGGUGGAGGACGACCUCAAGAUGCUGUUUUCCACAUCAGGAGCCAUGGUCAAGGCCUUCAAGUUCUUCCAGAAGGACCACAAGAUGGCUCUGAUCCAGAUGGGCUCGGUGGAGGAAGCCAUCGAGUCCCUGAUCGAGUUCCACAACCACGACCUGGGAGAAAACCACCACCUCCGAGUCUCCUUCUCCAAAUCCUCCAUCUGAGCCUCAGAGCGUCUGAACCGUGUCCACUACACUCCCAUCAUUCCUACGCACGUCUGCAAGAAACCACCGUGAAGUCUGGUGUGAUGUUAAAUUAUUUUUUUAAACUCAUUUUUAGGUUCUUUUGCCUUCAAAGAGGAUUAGGGGGCAAUUUAAGAAAAAAAGGAGUUUGGGAGGAAGUCAGAAUUCUGGAUUUUUAUGUCGGACGUCGGAAUUCUGAGUUUGUCAGAAAUAAACAGAUGUUCCGAUUAUAGUCAGGAUUUUGAUUAUAAUCGAGUUAUUAGUGCCCUUGUUGGGAAGUUUUUAACCAUUAGCCACUCUUGCCUUUUAGACUUUAAUCCUGCAAUUAAGGUAUUAAAGUUUUCUCCUCAACGCUGACUUCCCGACUUAAAAAAACUCAGAAUUCUCCCUUAAAUCUCAGAUUUCAAGUUGUCCUUAGACGUUCCUAAUCCUCUUCUCUAAAGUUUCCCCCUUCUAAAGUAACGCUUCUAUCUUUUUAAAUGAUCUGCUCUGACAACGUUUGGGAAGUCAAGAAUGUACCCACAAGCAGUCAGAAUCUAGUCCGGCCGCGUUAAGGAAGGCCUCGUUAAGGAAGGCCUCGUUAAGGAAGGCCUCGUUAAGGAAGGCCUCGUUAAGAAGGCUUAGUUUGACCUUCAUAUGAUCCCUGUGCCUUAUUCCUGGAGUCAGAAUGAGCUCGACUUUGACAUGUUAAAAAAAAAAUCUCCCAUCAUGCCUCUGUAAAUUGGCGAAGUGCAGGUUUACAGUUGAUAAAGGUUUACUGUUAAUGUAUUACAGAUAUAUCCUUUUAUGUGUAUUUUAUUGGUGUUUUUCCUUUGUUAGUGUUUUGUACUGCUGGUUACUGUAGCGUCGAACAUGUGAACGGAUUCUGUUGUAGCGGGUUUCUUUAGAUACUCUUUUUGUUCCUCUAUUCCUUUUGAUUUCUUUAUUUCCAUGUAUGCAAUCACGUUUUAUUCAAAUCAAAUAUUGUAGCAAUAUUUUAAUCAUUCCUCAACUUUUACUUGUUGGUUUUUCUUUUUGUCGGUGGCUCGGCGGUUCUUCUCCUGCUGCCUUUUUACAAUCUGACGAAUGUCGCUUUGUUUCUGUCGGGUUUGUGAGUCGCGACGUGUUCGCCUGUCUCGUCUUCUCGCUUCGCCUCUGAACGGUUUUAUUUAUACGUUUGUGAUCCACUACAGCUGAAACCAAAAACGGCCUUUUUUAGAUGCAACAAAUCCGCCUGCCUCAGGUUUCUGGUUUUAAGGACUUCAGAACAAUAACACACAAAGAUGGAAGAUUGUGAGCUGGUUUAGGCUUUGGUGGUGUUUUCCUGUGGGAGGUUUUUAUUCAUUUCUCCACCGCUUCACUGGAUCUCUAUUGCAAACCCAGAUGUAACGUGUGAGUGCCUUCAAACGCAGCGCCGAGUCGGACAUCAGGUAUUAAUUCCUCUUUUACUCCGAGAUGAAAGUUUGACGGAGAAGAAAACCCCGCGGCCGUCACAAAUGUGCUGAAACUAGAAGGUGCUGGUUUGGUUUAUCUGUGUCUUAAUAUUAUUACGUCGACAUUCCAGCUGCUCGUGACGAAGAUUCCCCGAUUCCCCGUUUCCCCUGAGGCGUGAUGCAUUCAAGGCCCCUGGGAGGUUUCAGCAGCUGAGCUUUUAAACAGUUACUGAACAGAAGUCCGGACUCAUUCCAGAGCUUCAGAGAAGGUUCCCAUACAGAGUUAAACUGACUACGUUUCUACGCACAAAAUAAUAUAAUUGACGCCCUUGUUCUGGAUGAAAGACCCUUCCCUCGUAGGCCGUUAGCAUGAAUAUUGUAUAUAAAUGUUUAACUUUUUCCAGUUAGCUGUGCAUUUUCCUAAUAACUCAAAUGUUUUUUCCAACUUUUCUCACCGGUUGUUGAACCUUAAAAUGUGUUGAUAUACAAUUCUUUGAUACUUUGAAAACGUACACAUUCAUACACGUAAAAAUAAAUGAAAUGAUAGAAAAUAAUGAGCUUUGUUUCAAUCAUUCAACUUUGAAUGAGCCAAAUUCAGUCAAACCAAUUGAUGAAACUCAUAUUUUUGCACUGUUACAUGGCUGUACAGUCUAUACUAAGUCACGGCGCAAAACAGUGAACAUUGAACCGGCAACUCUUCAGUUCCCAAGUCUAGAGACUGAGCCGCUGAGCCAAGUAAGGCUCCAAAUAUCAAUACAUAAUAUAAAAUGUAAAUGGCAUCUUUUAAAACUGCAUGUAAGUGUGCAUGUUAAGUAUUUAGUAUUUUUCUUGAAUGUACCUCAUUCCGGUUUCCAUAAUGGAUUUAUUCUUUCCUUCAAUGGCCUUAAUGCAUGUCACAAAUACAAUAUGUUUCAGAAAAGAUCUGCCUGUUACAUUCCCAGUGAGUGUGUAAGAUCAUUUUCACACCGUGUGGAGGAGCUUAAACAUUCACACACACCACAUCAAAACUAAUGAUGUGAGCAGCUGUUUUCUCCCAGUGGACCAAUGAAAACCUGCUGGAUGUAAAUAAUAGUUUUGUUAAUUCUUUCAGAGAUUCCUUUAGUGUGUCUGCCAGAAAAAUGAAAGACACACUGGCAUUAAGUCCUGUAUUUUCUGACGGAUACACAUUCAGUUAUUUCCCAGGGGCCUUGAAUGCAUCACGGCCUCAGUGUGGGGAGAGGCGGGGGGGGAGGGGGAGGAGGGCGGGGGUGUUGAGCUGUACAUACGUGUUUUAUACCACAGUGACGUGUCAGAGCUGAUGGUGGUUUUAUAUCUGAUGUAUAUUUUGAUUCAAAGUGAGCGCCCGGUUCUGAGCCUUUCACUGUUUGUGUCACAAAAACAAGAAGCAGAUUAAAAUCACUUUUUAUCAGAAAACUCUGAAGGCACGAGUCGUCUGUUUAUAUCCAACACUGUUGAUGUUUGUAUGAUGUUGUGAUGAAAAUAAAAAGACGAGAAGCAGAAA